UAGUAGCUCUGCGACUGAGGCGGCGGUCGGAUGCGGCGGCGGCGUCGGCGGCGGCUGAGGGGGACGGCGACGCGGGCGGGGGGGCGAUGCAGCCGCCACAGCCGCCCCCCUACGAGUUCCUCGGCGAGGAGAACGGGCAGAAGUGGCGGGGGCUGCUCGUGCCGGCCCUCAGGAAGGUUCAACAGCAAGUCCAUCCCAACCUCUCAGCCAAGGAGGACUCCCUCUGCUACAUCGAGGAGCUCAUCUUUCAGCUGCUAAACAAGCUCUGCGUUGCCCAGCCAAGGACUGUCCAAGAUGUCGAGGAGCGCGUUCAGAAGACCUUUCCUCACCCGAUUGACAAGUGGGCCAUUGCAGACGCACAAUCCGCCAUUGAGAAGCGAAAGAGAAGAAACCCUCUCCUGCUGCCAGUGGAAAAAAUACACCCCCUUUUAAAGGAAGUUCUUGGCUAUAAAAUAGAUUAUCAAGUAUCCCUUUACAUCGUGGCUGUCCUGGAAUAUAUCUCUGCUGACAUCUUAAAACUGGCUGGCAAUUAUGUCUUCAACAUACGGCACUUUGAGAUUUCCCAACAGGACAUUAAAGUGUCCAUGUGUGCUGACAAGGUGUUGAUGGAUAUGUUUGAUCAGGAUGACAUUGGCUUGGUUUCUCUCUGUGAGGAGGAGCCCUCUUCUUCUGGGGAACUCAAUUACUACGACCUCGUCCGGAGCGAGAUUGCCGACGAAAGGCAGUAUCUGCGGGAGCUGAACCUGAUCAUUAAAGUAUUUCGAGAAGCAUUUAUGUCCAACAGGAAAUUAUUCACGCCAAAUGACAUUGACAUGAUUUUUAGCAACAUCACAGAUAUCCAUGAGCUGACAGUGAAGCUCUUGGGGUUAAUCGAGGACACGGUGGAAAUGACCGAUGAGAGCAGCCCUCACCCUCUGGUUGGCAGCUGUUUUGAGGAUCUUGCAGAGGAACAGGCCUUCGACCCAUAUGAAACCUUGUCCCAGGAUAUCCUUUCUCCGCAAUAUCAUGAACAUUUUAAUCAUUUGAUGGCCAAACCUGCCGUGGCUUUACAUUUCCAGUCGAUUGCUGAUGGCUUUAAAGAAGCAGUCCAGUAUGUCCUCCCACGCCUGAUGUUGGUUCCCGUAUACCACUGUUUGCACUACUUUGAAGUAUUACAGCAAUUACAAGAAUGUAGUGAAGACCAAGAAGAUUGCGAGUGCCUGAAGCAAGCCAUCACAGCGCUCUUAAAUCUCCAGUGUAGCAUGGAACGUAUAUACAACAAACACUCACCUCGACGCCGGCCCGGGGAGCCAGUGUUUUGGUUCUACACCCGCCAAGUCCGAAGCAAGCACCUGGCCAUUAAAAAGAUGAACGAGAUCCAGAAAAACAUUGACGGGUGGGAAGGCAAAGACAUCGGCCAGUGCUGCAACGAAUUCAUCAUGGAGGGGACGCUGGCCAGAGUCGGGGCCAAGCACGAGCGGCACGUCUUCCUCUUCGACGGCUUGAUGAUCAGCUGCAAAGCCAACCACGGCCAGUCGCGCCUCCCGGGUUACAGCAACGCAGAGUACCGGCUCAAGGAGAAAAUCGUCAUGAGGAAAGUCCAUAUCGUAGAUAAGGACGAUACGUGCGAUUACAGGAACGCUUUCGAACUGGUCCCAAAGGACGAGAGCAGCUUCAUCUUUGCUGCCAAGUCCGCCGAAGAGAAGAACAACUGGAUGGCGGCGCUGAUCUCCCUCCAGUACCGCAGCACCCUGGACCGCAUGCUGGACGCCGUGUUGUUGCAGGAGGAGAACGAGCAGCCCCUCCGCCUGCCCAGCCCCAGCGUCUAUCGCUUUGCGGUGGAAGACUCCGAGGAGAACAUCGUCUUCGAGGACAACCUCCAGAGCAGGAAUGGGAUCCCCCUGAUCAAAGGCGGCACCGUGGUGAAACUCAUUGAGAGGCUCACCUACCACAUGUAUGCAGAUCCUAAUUUUGUACGUACCUUUCUUACCACGUAUCGCUCCUUUUGUAAGCCUCAAGAACUCCUAAGUUUGUUGAUAGAACGAUUUGAGAUCCCAGAGCCUGAGCCCACAGAAGCCGAUCGGCUGGCCAUUGAGAAGGGAGAGCAGCCCAUCAGUGCAGACCUUAAGCGGUUUCGCAAGGAAUACGUCCAGCCAGUGCAACUCAGGAUACUCAAUGUUUUUCGGCACUGGGUGGAGCACCAUUAUUAUGACUUUGAAAGAGACCAGGAGCUCCUCGAUAGACUGGAAACGUUUAUUUCCACUGUAAGAGGCAAAUCCAUGAAGAAGUGGGUGGAAUCCAUUGCUAAGAUCAUCAGGAGGAAAAAGCAAGCGCAUGCCAACGGCGUCAGCCACAACAUCACCUUUGAAAGCCCCCUGCCCCCCAUCGAGUGGCACAUCAGCCGCCAGCUUGAAACAUUCGACCUCCUGACGCUGCAUCCCAUCGAGAUCGCGCGGCAGCUGACCCUCUUGGAAUCCGAUCUCUACCGGGCUGUGCAGCCAUCUGAACUUGUGGGGAGCGUGUGGACAAAAGAGGAUAAGGAAAUCAACUCUCCAAAUCUACUGAAAAUGAUUCGGCACACAACGAAUCUUACGCUUUGGUUUGAAAAGUGCAUCGUGGAAAUGACAAACUUUGAAGAGCGAGUGGCGGUGCUAAGCAGGAUUAUAGAAAUCUUGCAGGUUUUCCAAGACCUGAAUAAUUUUAAUGGUGUGCUGGAGAUCGUCAGUGCAAUGAACUCUGUCUCCGUCUACAGAUUAGACCACACAUUUGAGGCGCUGCAGGAGAGGAAAAAGAAGAUUCUGGACGAAGCAGUGGAAUUAAGCCAAGAUCACUUUAAAAAAUACCUUGCUAAGCUCAAAUCAAUCAACCCACCCUGCGUGCCUUUCUUUGGAAUAUACUUAACUAAUAUUCUGAAGACCGAAGAAGGGAAUCCUGACUUCCUUAAGAGAGAGGGGAAAGGAUUAAUCAACUUCAGCAAGAGACGGAAAGUAGCAGAAAUCACAGGAGAAAUCCAGCAAUAUCAGAACCAGCCUUACUGUUUACGCGUCGAGCCAGAGAUCCGGCGUUUUUUUGAAAACUUGAACCCCAUGGGAAACAUCCCCGAGAAGGAGUUCACGGACUACUUGUUCAACAAAUCGCAGGAGAUUGAGCCUCGGAAUUGUAAGCAGCCAUCUCGAUACCCCAGGAAAACCACCUACUCCUUGAAGUCUCCCGGAAUCAGGCCCAAUGCGGGCAGGCACGGCUCCACUUCGGGCACUCUGCGGGGCCACCCCACCCCUCUGGAGAAGGAGCCCUACAAGAUCAGCUUCAGUCGCAUCACGGAAGCGGAACAGGAGUCUGCGGCCUCGGCCCCCACCUCCCCAGUCGUGCCGUCCACUCCGCCCGUCUCGGCCUCUUCGGACGUGUUCCUAGACAAUGACCUCAACAGCUCUUACGGUAGCAACAACAGCAUCUUUGCUCCUGUCCUUCUGCCACAAUCAAAAACAUUCUUCAGUUCAUGUGGGAGUCUGCAUAAACUGAGCGAAGAGACCCUGGUGCCUCCUCCUCUACCACCGCGCAAGAAGAUGGAUCAGGAUCCUUCAAACUCAAAGGGCGGCUCCAAAUCGGAAGAGGGUCCCCCCGCCAUCCCGCCGCGGCAGCCUCCUCCUCCGAAGAUCCAGCCCCGCGUGCCGGCGCUCUCCUGCGGCCCCCUCGACCAGCCCCUGCCGCCGAGCCCCCCUCCGCCCCCUCCCCCUCCGCGGGACCCCCUCCCGGACACCCCUCCUCCGGUGCCCCUGCGGCCCCCGGAGCACUUUGUGAACUGCUCCUCCUUCCUCCUGCAGCAGCCGCCCCUGGGCCGCUUCCACCGGGACCCCGACCGGCUGCGGGAGGGCGGCUCAUGCCCCGGCUCGCCCGGCACGCCGCCCGGGACCCCCUCGCCCCGCGUCCUGCGCCGCUGGUGCGGGCUCAGCCCCGGCCCCAACCCCAGCCCGGAGCCCCCACCGCCCCCGGUCCCGCCGCGCCACAACUCCAGCCCGCAGCUUCCCAAACUGCCGCCAAAGACUUACAAGCGAGAGUUCUCCCACCCUCCUUUGCACAGACACUCUUUGCUCGAGAACGCCGAGGCGCCUCAAUGACCGCCGCUCGACACAGGAGUCUUUGACACUGGAAGCAUCGUAGCUGUAUAGAGUUCCCGUUUUCUUGUUUUCGUUGUGGUUGUUGUUGUUUUUUAAUUUAUUCCAAGAAGGGCGGUGAGCGUCUCCGAGUGCUGUGGCGAGCGGCGCUUGUGCCCAGGAGGCUGCUGGCCCAUCGGGGUUCUCGAGCAAGAGCGCCGCCUUGACCCCGCUUCCCGGCCUUUUUUGCAUCAAGGGACCAGCAGCAGCAGCACUGCCUCCUCCAACUCCAACUCCUCCUCAGCGCCAACGGUUUUGCCAGUUGGGAGAAUACAGAUUUUAUUUUUUAAUU